AAAGCUACAGCCCCAAACAGAUUACCAAAUAGGCGAUUAGAAGAAAUGGCGGCAGCAGUAGCAGAAGGAGUGAGUCUCAACCAUAUUUCCAGGGAAUCCUCCGAUAUCAGGCGCCUCGCCAAUUUCUACAAAGAGAUAUUUGGGUUUGAGGAGAUUGAGAGCCCAAACUUGGAAUUCAAGGUGAUAUGGCUCAAGGGCCCUGGAGCUUUUGCCUUCCACCUCAUCGAGAGGAACCCAGAUUACAACCUUCCAGAAGGACCCUGGAGCGCCACGUCACCUGUAGCUGACCCAAGCCAUCUCCCCAGAGGCCACCAUGUCUGCUUCUCCGUCUCUAAUUUCCACUCCUUUGUCCAAACCCUCAAGGACAAGGGAAUUCAGACAUUUGAGAAGUCCCUACCUGAUGGUAAGGUCAAGCAAGUCUUUUUCUUUGAUCCCGAUGGCAAUGGAUUGGAGGUUGCAGGUCAAUGAACUUGAUGCCGACACAGAAGGCUGCUCAAAAUGGUCAAGUAGAUUCACAUGAAGCAGACGAUCUGUAAAUCUUACAGUACAGACAAUAAGUUGCAAUGGCCAUUUUCAUCUAUCCAGUUGUACCUCGGGGGUUCUUGUAGUAUGCAGCUGUACACCUCAAGUGUCCUUGUAUGGAUUUGCAUACUAUGGUUGUUGGAUAUUUUGAUAUGGUAGAUGUUGAAUGCAGAGUUUAUUACCAAGUGACAUUUGUUUGUGGCUU